ACGCUCACCAGAACCCGCGACAAUCAGAUACCGAAGAACACUGAAAUCCCUAGAAAUAUUAAAAGGGGUAAACGAGAAAUUAGUGAACACUGAACAGAUCUUUUAUCUGUUUGAGGAAGACACAGAGGAGGAGGAGUUGAUUACGAGACAUUGAAUCCAAUGACUUCCUCAAAGUCGUAUUACAAGGAGAAGCUUGCUCGUCGAAGGGAGGAGAAAUCGGAGGAUCCCGAACUACCCAAGUACAGGGACCGUGCGAAGGAACGAAGGGAGAAUCAGAAUCCUGAUUAUGAUCCAUUGGAGCUUGGUUCCUUUCACGCUGUCGCUCCUCCCGGAGCUGUAGAGCUCCGCUCCGCUGAUGCGCAGAAGCUGUCGAUCGAGAAGAGCAAGUAUCUUGGAGGUGAUGUUGAGCAUACCCAUUUGGUUAAGGGUUUGGAUUAUGCUUUACUGAAUAAAGUGCGUAGUGAGAUUGACAAGAACCAUGAUGAUGGAGAUGAAGAUGAGGGGAAGUCCAAAGCACCGAAAGAGGACCAACGAGUUUCUUUUCGCACAGCGGCUGCCAAGUCAGUUUAUCAAUGGAUUGUCAAGCCUCAAACCAUCAUCAAGACAAAUGAGAUGUUCCUUCCAGGCAGAAUGACAUUUGUCUUUGACAUGGAAGGUGGCUAUAGUCAUGACAUACCUACCACAUUGCACAGGAGUAAAGCUGAUUGCCCCGUGCCAGAGGAACUUGUUACAGUCAAUGUUGAUGGUUCUGUGCUGGACCGGAUUGCUAAAAUCAUGUCAUACCUUCGCCUAGGAUCAUCAGGGAAGGUUCUCAAGAAGAAAAAGAAGGAAAAAGAUGCGAAAGCAGGGAGGAUUGCUAAUGGAUAUGAUGAAGAGGAUAAGCAGCAAUCUAAGGUUGAAAAUGGGUCUUCUAGGAGCAAAAGCGAAAUGGAAGUAUUGCCUCCUCCACCACCACCACCACCACCGCCUCCUGGGAAAGACCACGCGGAUUCGAGCAAGAAUCAAGACCCUGUUGUUGUUAGAACAGAGGAUGAUGACAUAUUUGUCGGAGAGGGCGUUGACUACACUGUUCCUGGGAAAGAUGCGACAAAAAGUCCUAUCUCGGAGGACAUGGAAGAAUCUCCCCGCGAUAAGGAAAAAGUUUCUUAUUUUACUGAACCUGCUUAUGGUCCAGCUCAACCAUUGGCACAUGCUGCUCAGGAAUGGCAAGAUUUGAGCGGAUAUGGUGCAAUACAAACGCAAGCAUUAGCUGCUGGCUAUGGAGAGUGGCAGGAUUACCAAUACGCGGAGCAAAUGGGUUUCCAGGAACAGUACCUUCAGCCCGGAAUGGAGGCUUUCGACGUCCAACAAGACUUGACUAUUCCACAGGAUCCACGCCUCAUGUCUCAAGAGGAGAAAGAUAGGGGUUUAGGGUCGGUGUUCAAGCGUGACGACCAAAGAUUCCAACAAUUGAGGGAGAAAGACGCACGGGAGAAAGAUCCAAACUUUGUAUCCGAAAGCUACUCUGAGUGUUACCCCGGUUACCAAGAGUACAACCACGAGGUCGUUGACAGUGACGACGAAGCUGAUUUGUCAAAAAUGGAUAUGGGUGGAAAGGCAAAAGGGCGUUUACAUCGUUGGGAUUUCGAGACAGAAGAGGAAUGGGCAUCGUACAAUGAGCAGAAGGAAGCGAUGCCAAAGGCGGCAUUCCAGUUCGGGGUGAAGAUGCAGGAUGGUAGGAAGACGAGGAAGCAGAACAAGGACCAGAAGCUCAACAACGAGCUUCAUAAGAUCAAUAAGAUACUCGCCAGGAAGAAGAUGGAGAAAGAAUCGGGUUCUGAUGCACCUUCUUCUCUUCCAGACGGCGAUGCUCCGACCCCGAAGAAAUCCCGACACUAGAAAUUAACAUUUUCUUUUGCUUCUGCUUUUCGUGUAUUUGCUCGUGAUCGUGAAGCGUACAACGUACUUUGUAUUCCAGUGACAUAUAUAUUAUAUAACAUGUAGGAAUGUUAUCCUCAUGAGAAACACUCGCUGCUUUUUGUGCCAUUGUAGGUUAGGAUUUGCAUAUUGAGUUCUGAUUCGAGUUCGGUUAA